AUGGCUCAAGUACCACGUUUAUCCGAUGAUGUUCUUUAUAUUAUUUCUGAAAAAUUACUUUUUAAAAAUCCAAAUCGUUAUGUGGUUAUUGAUCUGCGAAGUAAAUUUUUCAAUCCUUAUGCUCUUUUUAUGUAUCACAGUACAAGAAAUAUGAGAGCGGUUCUUUCUAAUUUUUCUAAAAUGAAGCAUCUUGAUCUUUCAACUUGUGACAAUGAUUGUCUUAUUAAAUUUUACAAAGACGUAAUACCUGAAUAUAUUGUGUCUCACUUUCGUAAAUCAUCAUAUUAUGUUAACAAAAUGAUAUUUUCUGGUCUUAUUGAUGCUGGUUUAUUGCGCAUUUCAUCUAUUCAAAUAAAUAAUAUUCUUGAGAAAUUAUCCAAAAUUGAUUUUUCUGCAACAAAUAAAAAUAUCUACAAAUAUUUGGUUAAUCUUGCAGGUUUUUUAAAAUUAUUUUUAAGAAUUUUUUUUCGAUUCAGGUUCACCAGCAUCUUCGAGUCUGAGUCUCUCUAA